UCACUAUCAAGCAUCUUCUAUCGUCACUCAAGAUUGUCUACCUGAGCAUUCAGAGGAUGAUGGCGAUGAUCAAGCUGAUAUAGAAAAGAUUUGGAAGGAAAAACAGUUCUAAAAGAGGUCGCAGCCAAAUCAGACUCGGUACGCAGCCAUUCCGAUAUGGAGUGUCUUAAUCAAGCGCCCUCUCUUGCAUACGAGGCACCAUCGUUGCAAGUGAUUUUGACGUUGAGUGCACUUCUGUUCGGAAUUAAUGUAUUACAUGAUGUCAUCGAUGAUCUUUUGCACGUCGGCCUUCUGGCACAGCUAAUCCUCGGUGCUGUAUUUGGAGCUCCUUUGGCCAACAUCUUGCCAAGUGAAGUACAAAAGGCAGUUCAAGCAUUGGGUUAUCUAGGUUUGCUUCUGCUGGUGUUCGAAGGUGGAAUGACGACCCGUCUAGAUAUUCUUUCCUCCCCAAAAACGCUCAUCUUGGCUUUCGUUACCGGCACGAUUGGGAUCUUGAUGCCGAUUGCAUUAUCGAUGAUCUUAUUGCCGUUUGCUUAUUCGUUCACAUACUUAGAAAGCUUUGUCGUUGGUGUAUCUCUCAGUUCAACAAGCUUAGGGACUACAUUGGCUGUCAUUGGUACCGCUUCUCCCAAGGAAGACGAAAAGGAAAAGAAAAACCCCGGCAACAAUAAUGAUAUUGGAAUGCCGAUACUAGGAGACGGACAACUAGAUACCCCUGCUGUGACCAGCACAGAUAUUUCAGCAACUCAAAACGAACAAAGGCUUUCGGGAAUUAUGAAUACUAGGAUAGGGACUAUUUUGAUUGGAGCAGCAUUAUUGGAUGACAUUGUAGCACUCGUGCUAAGCAGUGUAGUGCAGUCAUUAGGGUCAAUUGCAAUAUGGCCUGUAAUAAGACCAUUUAUGAGUUCAUUCCUCUUGAUCCUGGGAACUGUUGUUUUGGUACGCUUCGUUAUUAAGCCGCUCGCACCCUUUUCGAUUCGGAUCUGCAAUCAAUCACAAAGAGUGCAUAGUUUCCUUGCAAAGUUUCACACCUUUUGGCCACGACUUGGGAUGCUACUUUGGCUAGCAAUCAUCUGUGCAUUUGUUUCAAUAGCAGAUAAGAUCGACAGUACGGAUUUAAUAGGUGCAUUUUGUGCUGGUGCAUUUAUGAUUUACGCAUACAAAGCUCUUCCCGCUAGAUCAUUCAAGAGGCUCGAUCCCUUUCACGCUUUUGAUGAAGUAAAGGUUAUUAUGCAUAGAAUUCUUGUUCCUUUCUUUUUUGCAUCUAUUGGAUUUGCAAUUCCGAUAAAGGAGCUCUUUCAAGGAGGAACAAUUUGGAGAGGAAUAUUAUUUUCCGGCUUGAUGGCAUGUGCAAAAGUCAUGGCUUGCUUGCCCGUUCUUCUCGUAAGCUUUUACGGAGAUCGGGUAGCAUCAUUCUUCAAAUCCCUAUUUGGCAAAAAGGAAACUAUUAAUCAACAGAAUAGAAUUCACACUGGAAAUCAUGUGAACCGAAUACAAAACCGAAUCUGGCUACCUGCAAUUUUUCUGGGAUGUUCCUUAGUCGCACGAGGGGAAAUUGGAUUUCUGAUCAUCAAUAUUGGCAGGCAAGUCGGCAUACUUUCGUGUACGUCAGAUUCGCCUACAGCUUUAUUGGCUUUUGACGUAGGGGUUUGGGCAAUCACAUUGAAUACAUUUAUCGGUCCGACUCUUAUUGGAAUCCUGCUACGGUCUAAAGGUUGUUUGGAAGAAAUUGAAUCUGGCAAAUGGGGAGUUGUCAGCUAA